AACUGCCUGCCUUUAGGUUGUGAUUGUGAACACUGUCAGAGUCCAGUAUCUGUUGUCUUUUAUUUGAAAUAUUGCUGGUCCGUACUUUGUUGUUUAAUCGUAGUUUAAAUAGAUAUAAGUUUUUAAAAAUAAUUAUUGCAACUUUAAUACAUUUACAAAAAUCUUCUGAAUAUAAAAAUAUAAUUAAAAGAUAUAAAAUGGAGGAACUUGAAUUAAUAAUGCACGAUAUUAAUGUCACUAAAUUUGAUGUUCUAACUGAACACUGGGUACAUAUAAUUCAUGUAAUAAAUCCUCAUAAUUUUUAUGUCCGUCCGACUAAAUGUAGGGCAUUUAUUGAGAAGUUAGAAGUAACAAAACCAACAACUAGACCAUGCUCUGUGAGUAAACAGAAUUUUGUUAUUUAUAAUAUAGGACAGACAGGUAAAGAUGCAAAAUAUGCCAGAGGAAGAAUAUGCCAUGCAGAUAAUGAAAAUGGUCACAAUAUAUUUGCUGUUGACUAUGGAUACUUUCAUAGAUCAGUGUCAAUAGACCAUAUUUGGGAAUGUGAACAAGAUUUGUCCAAAAUUCCACCUUUAGCUUUACUUUGUCAACUAUCAAACUGUGCUCCAUUAGGUAGAAGUAAGGAUUGGUCUAAAGAAACUAUUGAUGCAUUCAAAGAUUAUGUUAAAAAUGAAAGAGCCAAGAUGAUAAUUUUAGACAGGACAUUUGAUAAGCUUUUUGUAGAAUUGAUAAAUUCAAACCCAAAUGACAUUGCUACUUUGAUGGCUUUGACUGGAUAUUCCACUUUGGGCUAUGUUCAUAAUGCUAUUAAUACGAUGGCUGCAUUUAAAAUACAAAAAAUAUAUUUGACAUUUAAAAAUAUAAAUAUUAAUGAAACAUUACAUGUAAGAGUACAAAGUGGUAAAUCACUUGAUGCAUUUUAUGUGGCUGAAGUUAAUGAUUACCAUAAUUAUAUGCAAGAAUAUAAUACAAUGACAUAUUAUACAAAAAAAGAACCUAAACUUAAAGAAGGUAGAUUAAAAUUGAAUACACCUGUGUGUGUUAAAAAUGAUUUAGGUGAUUAUGAAAGAGCAAUCAUUAAAGAAAUUACAGUUCCCGACACAAAGGCCAUAGUUAAACUUGUAGAUUGGGGAAAAGAAGAACAAGUACAUAAAAUGAAUAUGAGACCGAUACCUGAACGAUUCUUAAAAAUGCCAGUUAUAGCUAUUUAUUGUUCAUCUGAGGAAAAACAAUUAUGGGACAAUGGACUACAUCGCUUUUUGUAUCCAGGGUUUGAAUUUCUUAUUCAAAUUAAAAAGCUGGGUAAGCAGUUUGAAUCUCCAAAUAUAGUAAAAAUAUUACCAUUACAAGGUAAUUCUUCCAAAGCUAGCGAAUAA